AUGAGCUGGAAGAGUCUCCUCUCACCCUCGUCGCCGCGGUACACCCCGCUGGGCUUCCCGGACGCGGCCACAAAGAGAGUCCCGCCGCGCAGGAUACUGUAUGCCGGCGCUGCCGCAGUCGCCACCGUUUUCGUCAUUGCUACUGCCUCCUGGCACGUCAAUCACCGCUCCAUCUUCCACGACCCGGCCUACUUCGAGACUGUCAGGCUGUCCGAGGGCUACAAGUGGCAGUUCGACCCCAAGCGCGACGCUCUGAACUAUGGUCUCACCGACGAGCAGUGCAAUGCCGCUUUUCCCGAUCUCUUCAUGGAACUGGACCGUGCCCAGGAUUUCUUCUCCGAGAACAAGAUCCAGUACAAGGAUAUCCACCUUUCCACCGAGGCCGAACUCAACGACCACUGGAAUGGCAAGACGCGUGCAGAGUUCCACAUCAUGAUCUACAAUGGCGAGUUGAUCGUCAUCGAUGAAGCUAAGGGCGAGCCGGACCGAUCCCGUGGUCUGUCAGCAAUGGCCUCCAUGUACCGUGCAAUUACCGCCCAUCCCGACCCCCGUUCGAUUCCCAACGUUGAGUUCAUUCUGGAUCUGCACGACAACAGCCAGCCCGGCCCUGAGGGCAAGAUUCGCUUCACCUGGGCCCGCCACAAGGACAACCCGUACAUGUGGGUUAUUCCUGACUUCGAUGGCUGGACUUACCCCGAUGACGCGGUUGGAUCUUACGUUCAAUUCCGUAACGAAGUGGCUGAGAUCGAGAAGCCCUUCGAGGAGAAGAUCCCGCAACUCUCGUGGCGCGGCAGUCUGGGUGUCAACCACGGCCUGCGCCAGGCUCUUAUGGAUGCUUCUGAUGGCAAGAGCUGGUCCGACGUUAAGGCCAUUGACUGGAGGACGCGGAGCAACGUGUUGGCUAUGAAGGACUUCUGCAACUACCAGUACGUCGCCCACACCGAGGGCAACACCUGGAGCGGCCGCCUGCGCUACCUGCACAACUGCAACUCGGUGCCCGUCAUCCACGACCUGGACUGGGUCGCGCACUACUACCCGCUGCUGCAAGAUUCGGGCCCGUACCAGAACUACAUCAAGGUCAAGCGCGAUUUCUCGGACCUGGACGAGAAGAUGGAGCACCUGAUCGCGCACCCGGACGAGGCCAAGCGCAUCGCCGCGCAGUCGGCCCAGACGUUCCGCGACCGGUACCUGACGCCUGCAGCCGAGGCGUGCUACUGGCGCCGCAUGUUCGCCAAGUACGCCAGCGUGCAGGACUUCCAGCCGCGCCUGUACGACGAGGAGAUCGGCCCCGACGGCGACGUUGUGCGCCGCCUCCGCCGCGGCCAGACGUUCGAGCGCUUCGCCUUCCGCGGCAAGGACGGCUACGAGCACGGUAUUUUCGAGGAGCCCAAGGACAAGGCCGAGUGCAAGAACGAGUCUAACCCCGCCCCGGCCACGCCCGUCAUGACCCCGACCCCCUUGACGCCCGUCACCCCCGCCGUCACCCCCAUCGAGAUCGUCCCCACUCCCGUCGAGACGCUCAUCGACACUCCCGUCGACGCUCCGGUGCCGACGCCUCCUGAGGCUGUGGAAGACGGUGCGGAACCUCGGACUCCCACCCCCGAUAAUCAGGACGACUUCUGGGGACAGUAG